AUGUAUCUAUCACUCGGCGGGCAUGGAUCACUUUUGACACCAAACAAGCAACAAAUUGAGGCCCGCAACCAGAAGUUGACAUUUAGAGCGUCGCAGUAUUACCGUAGAGAAGAUGCCAUUAUGUCAUUGCGUGUACACUGUACUACUGUAUGCCAAGAGGCAGAGGCUGAGCUGAACUACCCAUCAAGCGAAGCGGUGACUAGGAACGAUGGUAGUAGGCAAGGUGCAAAUUGGAAGACCUGCAUGCCGCAAUCAAGACACUACGCGCACUGUCCCUACUUCAAAGGUCUUGAGGCAUAUCGCGUACCGUACUACUUGGGGGCUGUUCGUUGUAUCAUACAGCCCCCAAGUAAUUCUAUGGAUACCGUGCAUCUUUGCAUUGACGGAUCGUGUCCCCUGGAGUUUCCAAAAAUCGAAAAGCCUCCUUUUAUCAGGCCACCCUGA